AUGAGCCUCGUGACGUGGCAUCUUCCAGCUCCACAAUUAAUGACGAGCGCGUUAGUAUACGUCCGUGAUAAUAAAUGUAAUUUGAUAAAAUGCCGUGCGCUUCUCGACACGUGCGCCACCGCCAAUUUCAUUUCCGAAUCCAUUCUGAAGCGUUUAAACAUACGUAUCGAUACACAUUCAUUACCAAUUAACGCGAUCGGCGGUAUGAACACCGAAUCGACAGGCAUAGUGCGAAUUACUAUACAGUCUAUACACGAUGGAUUCGAGAAAGAUAUAACCUGUCUAGCAAUACCAAUUAUCACGGACUCAAUUCCAUCUGAGACGUUUCCGCGCAAUUUGAUCAAGAUUCCCGCAAACAUUAGGCUAGCUGAUCCUGAGUUUCAUUUGCCGCGUCCCGUCGAUUUGUUGAUAGGUGCUGGGGCAACAUUAUCGAUGUUUACGAUCGGCCAAAUUAAUUUAUCCCACGAUGAUCAUGAUUUAUACGUACAAAAGACGCGGUUAGGUUGGGUGGUCGCCGGAGGCGCGCCGUCGCAAAAUCCAUCAAAAGUCGCAACAUGUCAACUCACGUGUUUAGAAGAUUUGAUACGCAAAUUUUGGACAGUCGAAGAGGUCGCGUCAAAUACACCACGAUCAAACGAGGAAGUGGAUUGCGAGACGCAUUUUUCAAAAACAGUUUCUCGGGAUGACAACGGUCGGUAUAUCGUUCGCUUACCAUUUCGCGAUACGAACAUUCGUCUUGGUGACUCACGCCGUACUGCAUUUAAACGUUUAUUAUCGUUAGAGAAUAAGUUAAAUACGAAUCCGGAUUUGAAGGCCGAAUAUACACGAAUAAUAGACGAAUAUAUACAAAUAAAUCAUAUGUCCCGGACCAUGGACGCCGACGAGGACGGCUAUUAUAUGCCGCAUCACGCGAUAAUUAAAGAAACGAGUCAUACCACCAAAGUUAGAGUCGUAUUCGACGCAUCGGCGAAGACAACCAACGGAGUUUCUUUAAAUGAAUUAUUAAUGGUAGGUCCGACCAUCCAAAGCGGAUUAUUCUCGCAUUUAAUCAGAUUCCGCACAUACAAUUACGUGAUUACCGCCGAUAUUGAAAAAAUGUAUCGCCAAGUGUGGGUACAUGAAGACGAUCGGCGAUACCAGCGCAUUUUAUGGCGCAGAAACGGUAAAAUAGAAACCUUUCAACUAAAUACUCUCACGUUCGGUGUAGCGUCAUCACCAUUCUUAGCCAUCCGUACCAUUCAAAAGCUCGCGGACGACGAAGCCCUCGCGUAUCCUCGAGCAGCUAAUAUUCUCAAAUCUCAUUUAUACGUCGACGACUUGUUGAUCGGCGCGGAAACAAUUGAAGAAGCCCGGGCUGUUAGAGAUGAAAUUAUCGAGUUACUAGCUCGGGGAGGGUUCGUCAUCAGACAAUGGGCGUCAAAUAACGAAUGCGUGAUUAACGACCUAGCUUCCAACUCAUUACACGCAAACUUCACGUUAAAUGCCGAUCGCGCUUUGAAAAUAUUGGGCAUAGUAUGGAACGCGCGCGAUGAUACAAUAUGCUAUUCAGCCAAUUCAAUUAAGGGUUCGAAUAGAGUAACGAAAAGAAGUAUUCUGUCCGAGAUAGCAAAGAUUUUUGACCCACUGGGAUUGUUAGGCCCGAUUAUUUCGUAUGUGAAAAAACUUAUGCAGGACGUGUGGCGAUGCGGCUUACAGUGGGACGAAUCGGUUCCACAGAACAUUCAUACCGCGUGGUUAGAAUUCGCAAGACAAUGGGAAUCAUUGGGUCAAAUUUAUUUCGAGCGCAGAUUGCUGAUCGCGGGCUAUCAUGACAUAGAGCUGCACGGCUUCUGCGAUGCGAGCGCCGUCGGAUACGGGGCGUGUAUAUACGUACGCUCGCGCGACGAAUCCGGAAAUGUCCUCGUCAGAUUGCUGUGCGCCAAAUCUCGAGUCGCACCGUUAAAAACGCUCACUAUUCCGCGUCUGGAACUUUGCGGCGCAUUAAUAUUAGCUCAGUUAUAUGGCGAAAUAAUCGCUACGUUAAGGCGAUGCUAA